AUGACAGUCCAGGAACUAUUCGUAGACGGGGAAAGACUCACAGGGGGAGCUGCCAGAGAGAAGAAUCUAUCUGCAGUCCUAGCGAUAGCAAACACAGUAAGAACGUCCUAUGGACCACAUGGCCUGGAUAAGAUGAUAGUUAGCAAAAUAGGGGAUGUCUCCAUUACGAACGACGGAGCAACUAUUCUCUCGUCUCUGCAAAGCACCGAUUCAGCUGCCCGGAUACUCAUAGACUUGGCCGUGCAGCAGGACGAAGAAGUUGGGGACGGAACGACGAGUGUAGUUUUGCUUGCGGCUGCGCUGAUAGAGCACGGGAUCGGCCUUAUAGAGGAGGGGAUACACCCGACAAUUGUUGUCUCCGGGUACAAAACAGCUUUCAAGCACUCCGUUGGAUUUAUCCGGAAUACGCUCGAAAAAAAGCUGAAAAAUCCCGGGUAUGCAGACCUCCUGAAAAUAUGCGAGAGUACGAUAUCGAGCAAAGUCAUUAAGUGCAGCAGCAGGCUCUUUAGCAAGAUUAUGGUCGAUGCAGUGCACGCAGUUAGGAGGACAGAGGCAGACAAGACAGUUACGUACCCCAUUGAGGAGAUUAACGUGCUGAAGAAGCAGGGGAAGAGCAUGGACGAAAGCAUGUUUAUUUCAGGGUAUGCCAUAAACUGCGUCCCCAGCAGUAAUUUGAUGCCUGCACGCGUUAAUAAGGCCAGAAUCGUGUGCUUGGACAUGGACUUGCAGCAGAUGAAAAUGGGCCUGUCCGUGAAGAUAUCCGCAGAGACGCCGGACGACCUCGAGAGGAUCCGGGAGAAGGAAAUCACCAACUCCCACGAGAAGAUCCGGAAGCUCCUGAAGGCAGGUGCAAACGUGAUUUUCACCACGAAGGGAAUCAGCGACGGGUGCUCGAAGUUGCUCAUCGAUGCAGGCGCCCUCGGAAUCAGGCGCUGCAAGAGGGAAGACCUUGAGAGGAUAGCAGCGAUAACAGGAACGCAAAUAUACGCGUCUUUUGAGGACGUGACCGGAGAAGAGUUCGCCCCCCUUCUGGGAACAGCGGACAGCGUGCACAUUGAGGUCCUGGGGGAGGAGAAGUGCACGAUCAUCACGACUUCGAAGGGAGUCGGCGCAUCAGUCAUCCUCCGGGGAGCAAACGAGCAGAUUUUGGACGAGAUGGAGAGAAGCAUCCACGACGGACUCUGCGCCCUGAAGAGAACCCUCGAGAGCAGGUCCGUGGUCGUCGGAGGAGGAGCCUUUGAGGCAGCCCUCGGAGUGUACAUCUCAAACUUCGGGCUUUCCUUCGGGAGCAACGAGCAGGUCGUCAUACAGAAGUUUGGGGAGGCGCUUUUGAGAGUGCCAAAGACUCUUAUCGUGAACGCAGCCCUGGACGCUAACGACUUAUUUGCGAAGCUCCUGGCAGAACACGAUAAGUGCAACUGGGAGAUGGGCCUGGACCUGGACAGAGGAACAGUCCGAAACAACUUCAAGGAGGGCGUGAUUGAGCCGCUGGAUACGAAGCUCAAGGCCCUCAGGGCAGCAACGGAGGCAGCAAUUAGCAUUCUCAGAAUCGAUGAAGUCAUCGUCCUGCAGGAGGAGCAGAAGAAUUAG